AAGACAAAAAAUACCUCCGUCUCUGCCACUAUCGUCUCAAAUUCUUCUCCACCAGAACCCAAAAUGAAUUCGCCACCACCCAAGACCGAUUCUUCCUCCGGCAAUCGCUUCUCGCGCCUCAACCAACAGACGACCAACCCCAACAUGAUCUCACCCUCUUCCCCAGACCUGACUGGUUACACGUCCAAUCCGGAAGAAACCAAGUCCUACCAGUCUUUCUCCUACUCGCCAUCCCAGCAAGCUCGUUCUCCAUCGGUCACCUCACCCGGUGGCGGUUUAUCGCACUCAGCUCGCGCUGGUCUCCGCAAAAACCGACAGAUUCAGACGUUCAACUUGAUCGUUCUCGGUGCCAAAUCCACUGGGAAAUCGACAUUCGUACACACCUUAAUCGGAAGUUUAACGCCUAGUCUACCCACCCAAGAUGACCCACCAGCGAUCUCGGUUACAUCUACCUCCAGUCUAUCCGAAAGGCUAACGUCGAUCGUCACCUUAUCGGGCGAGAAAGUGAUGUUUAAUGUGAUCGAUACUCCGGGCUUGGAUAUUCAGUCAAAUGACAUCGAAUCCAAAUUCGAUGAUUCCUUACAAAUCGAAAGACAGGUACACAGGAACCCAACCAGACUCGGUGACGGACACGUGCAUGUUUCGAUCUAUUUUAUCGACCCCUCUACGAUUACGCAACGUGGGGCGCCCAUCGGUUCCGCCGACAACCAUCUUGACCUGACUGCCACCAAGCCCACCAAUGGACAAGAGCUACACAUGUCCGCCAUCGAUUUGCGUCAAUUGAAGCGACUCAGCCGCAGAUGCAACAUAAUGCCUGUGAUUGGUCGAGCAGAUGAACUCACUGAAGCCCAGCUCAUUAACAUUAAGAACGUUGUCCAGACUGACAUGAAAUCUUACGGCAUCGAUCUUGGUCUUUUUGCCGUUAGCGAGCCAGAAUCGGACCAAGAGGAUACAUCUUCUGACCACCCCGAAGUGACUACGGCCUCCUCCAACUCAUGCAAAAGCAACGAAGACGACGAAGCGCGCAAGAAACUACCUCGUCGAAAGUCUGCCGCCAUUCUCACCCCUCGUCGGCCAUUCUCAAGCAUCGUGGAUAGCUUGCAGGAUCUGGAUGGGGUCUGCGGCAUGAUUCCGUUGAGCGUGAUCGGCGCCGAAGUGCUUCCGGGGAAAUCGAUGGAUGCUGAUGACCUCGAGCGACUGAAUCGGAUCAACCCUUUGUUUAGCAUUCCAAAUGAUGAAGAGCCUUCUUCGAUUCAUUUCAAGAGAUUGAAAGAAGCCACUCGAUUAGAGAAAUAUGAGAAGUAUAGGACAGAGAAAUUGCUUGCGAGACGGAUGACGAUGAACAAGGGUGCGCUGGGGAUAGAAGAGCAAAGGAGAAUAGCGAUCGAAGUGGAGAAGAUGGAGAUCCCGCACAUCGAGCCUGCCGUGUCGAUCUUCGUCCCGUCCAGCGCUACCAACAGGCCGCCCUCCACCUCGGCCAACCUGUUCAAGCCCUCUGGCUGGCGCAAGAAGCAGCCCUCGGCCCCGGCGACCUCCGUCAAGCAACCCACCGCAUACCCCUCUCCCACUAACACCGAAAACCAUCUCUCAUCCCGUCAUCCUUCCCGCUCCCCUCCUCCCGAGAAGGCCAAUAAUUUACCCAUGGUCUUCUGAACCAAAUCUUCCCCCCCCCUGACUUUUCUGCCUCAGACCCUCGCAGCUAGCUGCGAGUUAUAUAUAUAUAUACAUACUAUGUACUCGAUCGAUUCUUGCACAUUUCCUUUUUUUUGCCCCUCCUCAUUGAUAUUGCUCUUUUUAUACACACGUAUGCGCGUCACGUUCAGACCCCGCGAAACGAUGAUGUCUUUUUUUUAUUAUUCCAUAUUUCGAUCUAUCGGUUCUUCUUUUGUCCCAUACUCGAAUGCUUUCAUCAAAUAUAAUAAUCAUGACUGACUGUGUUUCUGAAAACUCUCUCAAUAGUCCCUUCCCUCCCUUGCUUCCAUUUUAUGAAUGAUUUCUUCUUCCAUUUUUUUGGGUGUUUUGUUUUGAUCAACUCCGAUCCAAGUAGUUGGUCUCCUCCUGUAUAACCCUUUCCUAUCCCUCCCUCUUCAUCUUGAUAUUCGCUCUCAUUCACACUCAUAUAUAUCUUAUCAUUUUCAUCAAUCAUCUCUUCCCAGAAACAAAACAAAAAAACCAGUCUUAGUGAUUCUAAUACUUAUAUGCUCUUUUUACAUAUAUAUAUAUAUAUAUUCUUUUUGUUUAUUAAUCUUAAUGUUAUUUUGGUUUGAUGAUCUCACACUUCCACUUUGUUUUUUUUGUUUUUAAAAUGACGAAAUCAAGACUUGAACAAAUCUUUGUAUAAUCCUUGUUUGGGCUUUGU